AGUAUUUUUUUAUAAAUUUUUCAAAAUUAUUUUUGCAUUAUAAAAGUGAACAUAAUAUGCGCUUUGUAUUUUGUUCAAUGAAAGUAAAAAUACUUCUUAACCUGUCUUUUUACAGAAGAGAAAAAUAUCUGCCUAAAUGGUAGAAUAUUCUUGUUUCUUGAAGAAAUGACAAAAAUAUUCUUUCCCUCUUCUCUUAAAUUCAGAAGAGGUGGUUUUUGUUUUUGUUUUGUUUUUGUUUUUGUUUUUUAGUUGUUGUUGUUAACCAGUGUCAAGCAAAGAUAAGUUUUUCUUUUAGCCUUUAUUGAAAUAAAAUAAUGUGAAAAGAAAAGUAAAAUUCCUUUACUUCAAUUAAAAUAUGUACACAUUUGGAACACAGAGGAAAGAAUUACCUGAAUUUUGUAUUGGCUAUGUCGUCCUAAAUACGGAUUUGAAAACCUAGGCAUUUAAGCUACUAACUGUGAAAGAAGAAAGUAUCUUUUAAAAUCACAACAUAUAUUACGGAGAGCUCGUAAAACAUCUGCGUAUUCUACUUAUAUACCUUUUACUGUCUUUUAUCUCUGAAAUUUUGCGUUUUUAUGAUAGAUACAAAAUUAAUUUUUAUGUUUUGUGUAUGUACAAUUUUAUGUUGUGUAUGUACAAUUUUAUUUUAUGUAUGUGCAAAAUUAAUUUUUUGUGUUGCGAAAGGUUUUAUAAAAUGUUUUAGUCUUGCCAAAUCUAAACUAGUAGAAUAGCAAUAAUAUGCCGAGUUUUUAAAGGUUUUAACACUUUUUUCUCCUUGCAGACACCAAUGCAUUUAAUGGUCUACCUUGGAAGAAGCAGAGGAAAUUUAUGCUGCACGCGCUUAAAGGUUUAAACUUUGGAAAAUCUCGUAUGGAAAACCUGAUCAAAGAAGAAAUCACUGAUCUAAUGGAAUAUUUUGAGAAGACUGCUGGAAAGCCGACAGAAGUAGGAUCCAACUUAACUUCAAGUGCAUCCAGUAAUAUUGCCGCUUUACUAUUUGGGAAGCGCUUGAAAUAUGAUGAUCCAAAGCGAGUUAUGUUAAACAGCUGUUUACAGGAAGCCAACAAACUAUACAGUCAAACAUCUUGGCUACUAUUCUAUCCUUGGGUGGUAAAGGUGAUGAAAUUUCUGCACGUUGGAGAUGUGGGCGGCCUUUUCAGAGUAUAUGACAGUAUGAAGGAAUAUGUAAGUAUACAAAUAAAAGAACACGAAGAAACAUUGAACGAAACUAAUAUUCGGGACUUUAUUGAUGGAUACUUAGUAGAAAUUCAUAAAAGGAAUGAUUCAGCAUUUUGUAAGCCAGUUCUUGAGGAUACUGCUGUAGGGCUUCUAAGUGCUGGAAGUGAAACUGUUCGUUUAACAUUAGAUUGGCUAAUGUUAACUAUGGCAGCCUACCCAGACGUACAGGAAAAAAUUCAGUUUGAAAUUGAUAAAGUUAUUCCUCGAGGUACCUUGCCCGCUUGGAGAGAUAGAAAGAAAUUGCCUUACAUCGAAGCCACCAUUAUGGAACUCAUGCGUUGGAGAACUAUCAUACCCUUAAAUAUUCUAAGAUAUACCCUCGAAGAUGUGGAAUUUCAUGGGUAUUUCAUUCCAAAGCAUGCUUUUGUCUUAUCCAACUUAUGGGCAAUUCAUCAUAACCCGCAAUACUGGGGAGAAGAUGCUGAAAAGUUUCGCCCAGAAAGAUUUUUAACAGAAGACGGUUUACGCAUAAAGAAAUCAGAGUAUUUUAUACCAUUCUCUAUUGGUCAAAGAUCUUGUCCUGCUGUACCAUUAGCUCGUAUGGAAAUUUUCCUAUACUUUACCUCAUUUCUUCAAAAAUUCAACAUAAGUUUACCAGAAGGAGAAACACCUGAUUUCGACGGAGAACUCGGAAUUGGUCUUGCUCCGAAGCCACAGAAAUUAAUUUUAAGGAAGAGAAAUUAACAUAUUUAUAAGUUUUUUAUGUUAAAAGUUUUGAAAGAAUUAUGUGGAAGGUUAUAAAAAUGCAGUUAAGGUCAAAAAUAACAUUUUCGGUUAUAUUUAUAAUUUAAGUGCAUUAAAUAUUCCUAAAUGUUAUUUCUUCGAAAUUUCAUCUUUUCUAAUGUUAAAUAGUAUAAAUCUUAUAAUAAACACUCCUAUAAUUAUUUCUUU